CCUGCAGGUUUUAUAUACACGUGCGGUGGGAUGCUGAAAGGCCGCAACGGGACCAUCGAGUCCCCAGGCUUUCCUUACGGCUACCCCAACGGAGCCAACUGCACCUGGGUGGUCAUCGGGGAGGAGGGCAGCCGCAUCCAGCUCCUCUUCCUGUCCUUCGCCAUCGAGGAGGAAUACGACUUCCUGUCGCUGUACGAUGGACACCCCCACCCUUCCAACUUCAGGACCAGGCUGACAGGCUUCCAGGUGCCGUCCCCGGUCACCAGCACGGGGAACGUGUUCUCUCUGAGACUCACCAGUGACUUUGCUGUCUCCGCACACGGCUUCAAGCUCAACUAUGAAGAGCUCCACAGCAUGUCGUGUGGUAACCCCGGGGUGCCCCCCAAGGCGGUGCUGAGUGGCGGCGGGCGUCUGACGGUGGGCGACAGCGUGCAGUACAGCUGCGUGUCGGGCUACGUGCUGGACGGCCACGCCACGCUCACCUGCGUCACCAACGCCGGCAACGCCGCCGUGUGGGACUUCCCCGCCCCCAUCUGUCGAGACUUCCAGACGGAGGAGAAGUACGACUACCUGGAAGUCGAGGGAUCUGAGCCACCAACCAUCUGGUUGGCGGGCAGCAACAUCCCGUCGCCGAUUGUCAGCAACAAGAACUGGCUCCGCCUACACUUCGUCACCGAUAGCAACCACCAUUACCGUGGUUUCAGUGCGCACUACCAAGUGAAGCGAUCAGUAGAUUUUAAAUCACGGGGCGUUAAAUUAUUCCCCGGCAAAGACUCCAGCAACAAGUUUUCGAUCUUGAAUGAAGGCGGCGUGAAGCAGGCGUCUAACUCCUGCCCUGACAUCGGAGAGCCCGAGAAUGGCAAGCGCGUUGGCGACGACUUCAGCAUCGGCAGCGAGGUCCACUUCACCUGUGGCGAGGACUAUGUCCUCCAGGGCAGCAAGACCAUCAGCUGUCAGCGGGUGGCGGAGGUGUUCGCCGCCUGGAGCGACCACCGGCCCGUGUGCAAAGUGAAGACGUGCGGCAGCAGCCUGCAGGGCCCCUCGGGGACCUUCACGUCGCCCAACUUCCCCAUCCAGUACGAGAGCAACGCCCAGUGUGUGUGGAUCAUCACCGCCUCCAACCCCAACAAGGUGAUCCAGAUCAACUUUGAGGAGUUUGACAUGGAGAUCGCGUAUGACACGCUGACCAUCGGCGACGGAGGGGAGGUCGGAGACCCCACCGCUAUACUGCAAGUCCUAUCGGGGAGCUUCGUUCCGGACCUGAUCGUCAGCAUGACCCACCAGAUGUGGCUCCACCUGCAGUCCGACGAGAGCGUGGGCUCCAUUGGAUUCAAGAUCAACUAUAAAGAAAUAGACAAAGAGAGCUGUGGAGACCCCGGCACGCCUCUGUACGGCCUACGAGAGGGCGACAGCUUCCUCAACGGCGGCAUCCUACGCUUCGAGUGCCAGUUUGGCUUCGAGCUGAUUGGGGAGAAAACCAUUUCCUGCCAGGACAACAACCAGUGGUCGGCCAACAUCCCCAUAUGCAUUUUCCCCUGCAUGUCCAACUUCACGGCCCCCGCAGGGACGGUGCUGUCCCCGGACUACCCGGAGGGCUACGGGAACAACAUGAACUGCAUCUGGCUGAUCCAGUCGGAGCCGGGCUCCCGGAUCCACCUGGCCUUCAACGACUUUGACCUGGAGGCGCCGUACGACGCGCUCACCGUGAAGGACGGCGAGGGCGCCGAGGUGGCCGUCAUCGGGCGCUUCUCGGGCGCCGAGAGCCCCACCCACCUGACCUCCAGCACCAACACCCUGCGGCUGGAGUUCCAGGCGGACCACUCCAUGUCCGGGCGCGGGUUCAACAUCACCUACAUGUCCUUCGGCCACAACGAGUGCCCCGACCCGGGCAUCCCCAUCAACGCCCGGCGCUUUGGAGACAGCUUCCAGCUGGGCGGCUCGGUGUCGGUGGUGUGUGAGGACGGCUUCAUCAAGACCCAGGGCGCCGAGACCAUCACCUGCCAGCUGGACAAAGGGAAGGUGAUGUGGAGCGGACCCAUACCCAAGUGUGAAGCACCAUGUGGAGGCCACUACUCAGCUCCAAACGGGGUGAUCCUGUCCCCUGGUUGGCCCGGCUACUAUAAGGACUCCCUGAGCUGUGAAUGGGUGAUCGAGGCCGAGCCCGGACGCUCCAUUAAGAUCAACUUUGACAAGUUCCAGACAGAACUGGGUUAUGACUUCCUGGAGAUGCACGACGGGCCCAACCUGCUCUCUCCUCUGAUUGGCUCCUUCAACGGCACCCAGGUGCCCCAGUUUCUGUUCAGCACCACCAACUUCCUGUACCUGCUGUUCACCACCGAUAACAGCCGCUCAAACGUCGGAUUCAAGAUAUUGUAUGAGAGCGUCACGGUGGACAGCUACUCGUGCCUGGACCCCGGCAUCCCGGUCAACGGUAUCCGGUACGGACAGGACUUCUCCAUCGGCUCCACGGUGUCGUUCGGCUGCGACCCGGGGUACAGGCUGAGCCACGAGGAGCCCCUGGUCUGUGAGAAGAACCACUGGUGGAGCCACGCCCUGCCCACCUGUGACGCUCUCUGUGGCGGGGAUGUGAGGGGCCCCUGGGGCACCAUCCUUAGUCCCGGAUACCCAGACAGCUACCCUUCAUCACUCAACUGCACCUGGACCGUGGAAGUCAGCCAUGGGAAAGGGGUCCAGUUCCAGUUCCAGACUUUCCAUCUGGAGGACCAGCACGACUACCUCCUGGUCACGGAGAACGGCAGCUUCCUGAAACCUCUGGCUCGCCUCACCGGCAACGAGUUGCCUAGCAACAUCAACGCCGGUCUCUAUGGCAACUUCAAAGCCCAGCUGCGAUUCGUCUCAGACUUCUCCAUUUCUUAUGAAGGGUUCAACAUAACUUUCUCGGAAUACACGCUGGAGCCGUGCGAGGAUCCCGGGCAACCUCAGUUCGGGCGGAGGAACGGCUACAGCUUCGGCGUCGGUGACACGCUGAGUUUCUCCUGCAAUAUGGGCUACCGCCUGGAGGGGGCGCCAGAGCUGGUCUGCCUGGGAGGGGGCCGCAGGAUGUGGAGCACGCCGCUGCCUCGAUGUGUCGCCGAGUGCGGUUCCUCUGUGUCCAACAACGAAGGGAUCCUCCUGUCUCCCAACUACCCCAUGAACUACGACAACAACCAUGAGUGUAUCUACAGCAUUCAGGUGCAGGCUGGAAAGGGUAUAAACAUUUCUGCUAGAACCUUCCAUCUCUCCCCGGGGGACCUGCUCAAGAUCUACGACGGCAGGGACAACACCGCCCACGUCCUGGGGGCCUUCACCGGCACCUCCAUGCUGGGCCUGACUCUGAUCUCCACCUCCAACCACAUCUGGCUGGAGUUCUACACCGACCCGGAGAACAACGGGGAGGGCUUCAAACUGGUCUACUCCAGUUUCGAGCUGUCCCACUGCGAGGACCCCGGGGUGCCCCAGUUUGGCUUCAAGGUGAGCGACCAGGGCCACUUCUCGGGCAGCAGCAUCACCUACCGCUGCCAGCCGGGCUACACCCUGCACGGAGCCACCACCCUCAAGUGCAUGACCGGGGAGCGGCGCGCCUGGGACAACCCCCUGCCGUCCUGCAUUGCUGAAUGCGGUGGUGGGUUUAAAGGGGAAUCAUCGGGGCGGAUCAUCUCCCCUGGAUACCCGUUUCCCUACGACAACAACCUGCGCUGCACCUGGACCAUCGAGGUGGACUCUGGGAACAUCGUCAGCCUCCAGUUCCUGGCCUUCGACACCGAGGCCAGCCACGACAUGCUGAAGGUGUGGGACGGGCCGGCAGAGAACGAGAUGUCCCUGUCAGAGAUCAGCGGCUCCCUGCUUCCCGAGGGCAUCCACUCCACCCUCAACACCGUCACUGUGCAGUUCGAGACCGACUUCUACAUCAGCAAGUCCGGAUUCGCCAUCGAGUUCUCCAGCUCAGUGGCCACGGCGUGCCGCGACCCGGGCGUGCCCAUGAACGGCAGCCGCAGUGGGGACGGCCGGGAGCCGGGGGACUCGGUGUCGUUCCAGUGCGACCCGGGCUACGAGCUCCAGGGGGACGACAAGAUCACCUGCAUCCAGGUGGACAACCGCUACUACUGGCAGCCCAGUCCCCCCGUCUGCAUCGCUCCAUGCGGAGGGAACCUCACCGGGUCUAGUGGCUUCAUACUGUCCCCCAACUUCCCCAACCCCUACCCGCACUCCAAGGACUGUGAUUGGCUGAUAACCGUCAACCAAGACUACGUGUUGUCGCUGGCUUUCAUCAGCUUCAGCAUCGAGCCUAACUAUGACUUCCUGUACAUCUAUGACGGGCCGGAUAGCAACAGUCCUCUAAUUGGUAGUUUCCAAGACAGCAAGCUGCCGGAGCGCAUCGAGAGCAGUUCCAACACCAUGCACUUAGCGUUCCGCAGCGACGGCUCUGUCUCCUACACCGGCUUCCACCUCGAAUACAAAGCCAAGUUGAGGGAGUCUUGCUUUGACCCUGGUGUGGUGCUGAACGGCACCAGACUUGGUUCAGAUUAUAAACUGGGCUCCACGGUGACCUUCUACUGUGAAGCUGGCUACAUCUUACAGGGUUAUUCCACCCUCACCUGCAGCAUGGGAGACGACGGGAGACCGGGGUGGAACAGGGCCUUACCCAGUUGUCAAGCGCCCUGCGGCAGUCGCUCUACAGGAUCAGAGGGAACUGUUCUCUCGCCCAACUUUCCCCGGAACUACACAGCCGGACACGCCUGCGUCUACUCCAUCUCCGUCCCCCGGGAGUUCGUUCUCUUUGGCCAGUUUGUGAUGUUCCAGACGUCCCUGAACGACGUGGUGGAUAUCUACGACGGGACGUCCCAGCAGAACUCCCUGCUGUCCUCUCUGUCUGGCUCCCACUCUGGUGAGUCUCUUCCCCUGAGCACUGGGAACCAGAUCACCAUCAAGUUCACCACGGUGGGCCCGGACACCGCCAAAGGGUUCCACUUCGUGUACCAAGCCGUGCCGCGGACCAGCUCCACCCAGUGCAGCUCGGUGCCCGAGCCCCGCUUCGGCCGGCGCCUGGGCAACGACUUUGCGGUGGGCUCGGCGGUCCAGUUCGAGUGCAACCCCGGCUACGUGCUGCACGGCUCCAGCGCCAUCCGCUGCGAGAGCGUGCCCGAGAACCUGGCCCAGUGGAACGACACGCUGCCCACCUGCGUCGUCCCGUGUGGAGGUGUGUUGGCGCUGCGUCGGGGGACUAUCCUGUCCCCGGGCUACCCAGAGCCCUACGACAACAACCAGAACUGUGUGUGGAAGGUGUCUGUGCCCGAAGGGGCUGGCAUACAGAUCCAGGUGGUGAGCUUCGCUACGGAGCACAACUGGGACUCGCUGGACUUCUACGACGGUGCCGACAACCACGCGCCGCGGCUAGGAAGCUACUCCGGCACCACCAUCCCUCCUCUGCUCAACAGCACGUCCAACAACCUCUACCUGAGCUUCAGCUCUGACAUCAGCGUGUCUGCCGCCGGCUUCCACCUGGAGUACACCGCCAUCGGCCUGGAGACCUGCCCUGAGCCCCUGACCCCCAACUAUGGGGUCCGCCACGGGGAACGCCACAUGGUUGGGGACGUGGUGCAGUUCUCCUGCGAACACGGAUACUCCCUUCAGGGCCACGCCCACAUCACCUGCAUGCCAGGACCUGUGAGGAGAUGGAACUACCCAGUACCGCUGUGCAUUGCCCAAUGCGGUGGCUCCAUGACGGACGUCAGCGGAGUGAUCCUGAGUCCCGGUUACCCUGGCAACUACCCCAGUGGCUUAGACUGCUCCUGGACGGUCAACCUACCGGUGGGCUUCGGGAUCCAUCUGCAGUUCCUCAACUUCUCCACAGAAGCGAUCCACGACUACCUCGAGAUCCGCAGUGGCAACAUGGAGACCGGCUCUGUGAUUGACAGGUUCAGCGGACCAAUCAUCCCCAAGUCUCUGUUUAGCACCACCCACCAAACCAGCUUCUUCUUCCACAGCGAUUACUCGCAAAACAAGCCGGGUUUCCACAUCACAUACCAGGCCUACCAGCUGCAGAGCUGCCCCGACCCGCGGCCCUUCCGGAACGGGAUCGUGAUCGGGACGGACUUCAGUGUGGGCAUGACGGUGUCGUUCGAGUGCCUGCCGGGGUACUCCCUGAUCGGGGAGGCCUCGCUCACCUGCCUGCACGGGAUCAGCCGCACCUGGAACCACGCGCUGCCCCGCUGCGAAGCUCUGUGUGGGGGGAACAUCACGUCCCUGAACGGGACCAUCUACUCCCCGGGGCACCCCGAGGAGUACCCCAACUUCCAGGACUGUGUGUGGAGCGUCAGGGUUCCUCCGGGACACGGCAUCUACAUCAACUUCACCGUGCUCAGCACCGAGCCCAUCUAUGACUACAUCACCGUCUGGGACGGUCCGGACCAGUCCUCUCCCCAGAUUGGCCAGUUCAGCGGGAACACAGCUCUGGAGUCCGUCUACUCCACCUCCAACAUCAUCCUCAUCAAGUUCCACUCAGACUUCUCCGGGGCCGGCUUCUUUGUCCUGAGCUACCACGCCUACCAGCUCAGAGUGUGCCAGCCCCCUCCUGAAGUCUCCAACGUCAACCUGUUGAUGGAGGACGGAGAGCUGGAGAUAGGUGACAUCAUCAGGUACCGCUGCCUCCCUGGCUUCUCAUUGGUCGGCAGUGAGAUCCUGACGUGUCGCCUCGGCGAUAGACUGCAGAUGGACGGGCCGCCCCCGACCUGUCAAGUCCAAUGUCCCGCCCACGACGUGCGAUACGAUUCGUCGGGGGUCAUCCUGAGUCCUGGUUGGCCAGAGAGCUACCCCAACCUCCAGAUGUGUUCGUGGAGCGUUGCCGUGGAGAAGGGCUACAACGUCACCAUCACCUUCGAGAGCUUCCACACCGAGAGGGAGUUUGACGUGCUGGAGAUAUUCGAUGGCCCCACGGCCAACAGCCCCACCCUGGCCACGCUGAGCGGGGACCUGGCCACGCCCUUCAACAUCACCAGCUCCAGCCACCAGUUCCUGGUGCGCUGGGCCUCCGACCACGGCACCAACAAGAGGGGCUUCAAAAUCCGCUAUGUUGGUGAGUACCAAACGCUGUACUGUUCCACGCCGGACUCCCCGCUGCACGGCUCCAUCUCGUCCCAGACGGGCGGCCACGUCAACAGCGUGGUGCGCUGGGCCUGCGACCGCGGUUACCGUCUCCUGGGCAACGCCACCGGCACCUGCCGCCGCACGCCGGCCGGGUACCACAACUGGGACUCGCCCGUGCCCGCCUGCCAAGCGGUGUCCUGCGGUGCCCCCAAGGCGCCGGCUAACGGCGGCGUGCUCACCUCGGACUACUCCGUGGGCACCCGCGUGUCCUACUUCUGCAGCGACGGCUACCGGCUGUCCAGCAAGGAGCUUACCUCCGCCGUGUGCCAGCCCGACGGCACCUGGAGCAACCACAACAAGAUCCCCCGCUGCUCCGUGGUGGUCUGUCCCAGCAUCGGCUCCUUCUCCCUGGAGCACGGGCGCUGGAGGAUCGUGAACGGCUCCCACUACGAGUACAAGACCCGCAUCGUGUUCACCUGCGACCCGGGCUACUACCGCCUGGGCCCCGCCCACAUCGAGUGCCUGCCCAAUGGCGCGUGGAGCUGGAGGAACGACCGGCCCCACUGCCAGAUCAUCUCGUGCGGAGAACUCCCGUCGCCCACCAACGGGAGGAAGAUCGGCACCCAGACCAGCUUCAGCGCCACGGCCAUCUUCACCUGCGACACGGGCUUCAUGCUGGUGGGCUCGGCCGUCAGGGAGUGCCUCUCCUCGGGCCUGUGGAGCGGCAGCGAGACGCGGUGCCUGGCCGGCCAUUGCGGGAUCCCAGAGAGCAUCGUGAACGGUCAGGUGAUCGGCGAGAACUUUGGUUACCGGGACACGGUGGUGUACCAGUGUUUACCGGGAUUCAGACUGAUUGGCUCCUCGGUGAGGAUCUGUCUCCAAGACAACCAGUGGUCCGGACAACUUCCUGUGUGCAUACCCAUCAGCUGUGGACAUCCCGGAAGUCCCAUAUACGGCCGCACGGUGGGAAACGGCUUCAACCUCAACGACGUGGUCAGCUUCGUGUGUAACCGCGGUUACGAGAUGGAGGGGCCCGCACGGGCUCAGUGUCAGGCCAACCGACAGUGGAGCCACCCGCCCCCAACGUGUAAAGUGGUGAAUUGUUCGGAUCCAGGCAUUCCCCCAAAUUCAAUUCGCCAGAGCAAAAUUGAGUACGGGAACUUCACGUUUGGCACCGUUGUGUUCUACGACUGCAACCCGGGAUACUACCUGUUCGGAUCGCCUGUGCUCACCUGUCAACCCACCGGCCAAUGGGACAAGCCCUUACCUGAGUGCAUAGUGGUGGACUGCGGGCACCCUGGCUCCCCACCCAACGGCCUGCUGAGCGGGGAGAAGUUCACCUUCGCCUCCACGGUGCGCUACUCUUGCGCGGGGGGGCGGCAGCUCAAGGGGGAGUCCUCCCGGACCUGUCAGCUCAACGGGGUGUGGAGCGCACCCAUGCCCUUCUGCUCAGGGGAUACGGCGGGCUCCUGUGGGGACCCCGGCGUACCCUCCCAGGGCUCCAGGGAACAGACGGAUUUCCGCAUCCGCUCCAAGGUGUUCUUCAGCUGCUCGGAGGGCUACGAUCUGAUCGGCUCCCUGGAGAGGAUGUGCUUCCCCAACGGCACCUGGUCCGGAACACAGCCCUUCUGCAAACCGGUCCAGUGUGGUAACCCUGGGACGCCCAGUAACGGUCGAGUGUUCCGUCUGGACGGGACGACGUUCUCCCACUCUGUCAUCUACUCCUGCAUGGACGGCUACCUGCUCACUGGCGCCACCACCAGGCUGUGCCAGGCCAACGCCACCUGGUCAACAGUACAGCCCAACUGCACCAUGAUCAACUGUGGGGAUCCGGGCGUGCCAGCCAAUGGCCUUCGCUACGGAGAGGACUUUGUGAUUGGCCAGAACGUGAGCUUCCAGUGCCAGCCGGGGUACACCAUGGAGGAGGACGGCUCCCCGAUCCGCACGUGCACGCAGAACGGGACGUGGAGUGGAUCUAUGCCUCUAUGUACCGCCGUGACGUGCGCAGCGCCCCCUGCCAUCAGCAACGGAGCGCUGCAGGGCAGCGACUUCGAGUGGGGCAGCAGCGUGAGCUACAGCUGCUCCCCGGGCUACGAGCUCUCCUUCCCCGCCGUGCUCACCUGCGUGGCCAACGGCACCUGGAGCGGCAUGCUGCCGCAGUGCUUGCCCAAGUUUCUGCGGAGAGCCCGGGCACUGCCAGUGGGCGGGUUCAGGGAGGGCGGAGUUUCCUUCUACCAAUCGGAAGUGUCCUUCAGCUGUGCCCCGCCCCUGAUCCUGGUCGGCCCGACGACCAGGAACUGUGCGAGAGGGACAGGCAGUUGGGGGCGGAACGCAGCCGCGGUGCAUCGCGUCCUGAGCAAGCCGCUCCCAGAAGCUGCUUCGCAAGCGCUGAGUACCGGGGGAGGCGACAACGUGGAUUGGGAGAGUCUGUGA